AUGCUGCAAGCAUAUGCCCAAGCAGGGUAUCUCAAACUCGCGCGGAAUCUUUUCGACAAAAUGCCCCAGCGGAACGUGGUAACCUGGACUGCCAUGAUUCAAGCUUAUGUAGGUCAUGGGCAUCUUGAUCAGGCAGGGAAACUCUUUGAGAAAAUGCGAGAGCCCAACGCACUCACCCUCCACUGCAUGAUCCUGGCAUAUUCUCAAGCCGGGGAUCUGGCAUCAGCCAAAAGAAUCUUUCACAGUGUUUUGUGUCCGGACACGUUCCUGUGUAACGCAAUGCUUAGAACAUAUUCCCAGCACCGCCAGCUCAACGAAUGCGAAUCUCUGUUUGGCCGAAUGCCUUACAGGGACAUAGCCACGUGGACAGUCAUGCUCCAAGCAUAUGCCCUGGAAGGGCAUCUAGCAUCCGCGAAGAGGAUAUUCCACUCCAUGCCCGAGCAAGACGACGUCUCCUGGAAUGCAAUGCUCCAUGCUUUUGUGGCUUCCGGAGAUUUGGAAGAGGCUAAAACAGUGUUUGACACCAUGCCUGUGCGCGACGUUAUCUCCUGGAGUAGUAUGGUGACAGCAUAUGCCCAGAACAGGCAUCUCUCCUCCGCAAAGCGUAUAUUCGAUGGAAUGCCCGAGAAAGACGUGGUUGCAUGGACCGCAAUCGUUUUCGUCUACGCUCAAAAUGGCCUCCUCGCCACAGCGGUCUUCACUUUCGACACAAUGCCGGAACGAAACUUGGUUUCCUGGAACACCAUGAUCCAGGCCUACGGAGAUUCCAUCCACUGCGCUCGAGGAGUGGAGCUCUUCCGGCUCUUAGAGAUGGAAGGCGUGGAACCCGACGAGAUCUCCUUCAUGGGCACACUGGUGGCUUGCAGCUACAAGGGAGUGCUGCUCGAGGGCAUCCAGAUCUUCCAGAUGAUGAUCCAGGGGCACGGCUUGGAGCCCCGGCAGGAGCACUACUCUUGCAUGAUCAGCAUCCUUGGACGAGCCGGAGACGUGAGAAGUGCCGAAUGGCUGCUGCAAAGUAUGCCUUUCAGGCCUGAUUCUGUUUCAUGGGCGGCACUGCUUAGUUCUUGCAAGAUCCACGACGAGUCCGUGCUCGGGGUCCGAGCAGCCAAAAACGCGUUCCGGACGAGAGCCUGGGAUGCCACACCUUAUCUAUUGCUCUCGAACCUCUGCCUCACGGAAAGAAAGUUGAAAAUCACAGUAAAAGAGCCAAGCAAGUAA